AAUACCUUUUAUAUAAUUUCUCUUGAGUAUAAUUUUAAAUUUUAAUGAUCGAUUACAUACUCACCACACAAAAACACUCCAUCGCUCUUCCAUAACUGUUUUCCCUUCCAUAAUCUCUCACUUUCCAAAACCAUCUCCAGCUCUGGAAUUUCGACAAUGGUGGCUGUGACAAAUCACGAUAUGGAUUCACAUUCACGACUACCAGCAACCAGUUUUCCGUCGGUGCCGGAGAUUGAGACUGAGACUCGUGAGACGGAACAAGAGGCAUUGCCUUGCUUAGUAUCAUGCACUACUUUUAAUAUUCUGGCUCCCAUUUACAAAAGGCUUGACCCUCUGAAUCAAGGCCUUCGAGAGAGUGAAUUUAAAGCGUUCUGGCUGGAUAGGAACCAGAGGAUUUUGGAUUGGCUGCUUUACGAGGCGUCUUCCAUUAUAUGUUUACAGGAAUUCUGGGUUGGGAAUGAAGAGCUUGUGCGUAUGUACUCGGAGAGACUUCAUGAUGCAGGCUACACAACCUUCAAGCUUGGACGAACCAACAACCGUGGUGAUGGUCUGCUGACUGCUGUGCACAAGGACUACUUUAGUGUUCUACACCACCGAGAGCUGCUGUUUAACGACUUUGGGGAUCGUGUUGCUCAAUUGUUACACCUUCAGUUAAAUGUUCCUCUUUGGCAAAACCAAAGAGCCAAUUUUGAAAGAGAAAUUCUAGUUGUGAACACCCACUUGUUAUUUCCUCACGAUUCUAGUUUGUGUAUAGUGAGAUUGCAACAGGUAUACAAAAUUUUGCAAUACUUGGAAUCUUAUCAGAAGGAAAACCAGCUCAAUUCCAUACCCAUCAUGCUUUGUGGUGACUGGAAUGGAAGCAAACGAGGCCAUGUAUAUAAGCUCCUGCGGUCCCAGGGGUUUGAAUCUACAUAUGAUAAAGUACAUGAUACAGAUGCCCACAAGUGGGUUAGUCACCGAAAUCAUAGGGGAAACAUCUGUGGUGUUGAUUUCAUAUGGCUUCGUAAUGCUAAUACAUCUCGAAAACCACUGAAGACUAGUUGGGGAGAAUCAGUUUUUAGUAUACUAAAGUAUCAACUUCGGAAAGCUUCAAUGACUGAACAUGAUGCGUUCGCCUUUUUAAAGGGUGACAAUUGUGGUGAUUUCAUUACGUACUCGGCUUUCCUUGAAGCACUCCGCCAGGUUAAUUUGAUUGGUGUACCAAGUGGACUAAAUUUCCAAGAAACAAGAGAUCUCUGGAUCCAAGCAGAUACUGAUGGGAAUGGUGUUGUCGAUUAUGAAGAAUUUAAGCAGGGAAUUUGGAAUGCAAUGUUGUCCGAUCGAGAAGUAAAAGAGGAAGAGUCUAAUGGGAAUCUGGAUAGCUCUAAACUAAGCACCGAGGAAGGAGCAUACCUUGGAUUUAAAGUUAAGAGUGCAGCUCUCUUUCCGCGUGAGGUGGAGAAGGGACUGUGGCCCGAGCAUUACUCACUUUCUGAUCACGCUCGUCUCACUGUUAUGCUUUCCGCAGUAAAAAUGCAAUGUUCUCAGUCUAGAAGGCACUCUUUAGGAGCGAAUUAGUUGACACAAGAAAUUUUAUUUUUACUUUUUUUGUAAAGGAAAUUAAACAUGUGAGAAACUUGGUAGAUGAAUGAAGAAUGGAGUUUGUAAAAAAAUACGUGUACAGGCUCAUUGAUGGCAAAUCCAUUUUGUAGUAAUGCUCUUAUUUUUCUUAGUUUGGAUUGUUUAUGUGCAAUUUUUCAUGGCUCAACUGCUAAAGAAUGAUGAAUAAUGUGCUGAUUUAUCAAAACUUUUGUUUCAGCCUCAUGUCAGGCCAAA